CCAAUAUACAUUAAUUAUGGCGCAGAUAGAAAUGUUGUGGUUCGUAAAUAACCGUGAUUGUCACUAAACGAGUUAAUCGAUACAUUUUAUAUCUACUUUAUUACAAAAUGCGAAAAGUUAUGCGUGCAUAGUUCUGCUGUUGUGCGUGGUAUGGUUUACUUUGACAAGUGCGUAACUUACAGAGGGCUGUCGACCCCGCGCUGUUAUUUCGUUGCGUGUUUAUCAAGUACGUGCAGUUGGGGCUUCGAAAGGAAACCAAAUGUUCAUACUUGGGACAGUUAAGGGAGUUCGCCCUCCUGCGGUAACUAACAAACACCCCUCCCCCCACGGAGCUUGUUUUCAUUCAUAAGUUUUUCCCUUCCUCUCUUCUUCUCGUCUUCGCGAUCUGUUUAUCAAUCAGUUUUAAUUGCCGUCGCAGAGGGCGCCGCGCUACCAUUUUCCCCGUGUGCGCAGCCUUGCUUAAGCUGAAACGCUAUACGGUGCAGAAUCGCGGUGAAACAACAGGUUAAUUUGUAGAGAGUUAUAUUCACCAUGCACGCAGGCCUUUUAAACUGUCGAGGGUAACUUUUUAAAGUUACAAAUAACUUUGAUGUGCGGUAUAGACGCGAUGAUCCGUCUACAUCGUUGCGGCUGCCAGGCCAAGAAUGUUCUGCAGAGAGUGCAUGGAUCAAGGAUUUCAGAUGCGUGCCAAGUCCACAGUGAAUGUCGGAAGUGGUGAUCACCCCAGAUGGAGCUCCAAAGUCAAAAUGGCACUGGCGGUUCAUUAGUCGUGAUCCAGCAGCCCUCCCUGGAGACCAGGCAGAGGUUGGAUUAUGAAAGGGAGCUACAGCAUGCGGCCAUUCUCUCUUUAGACCAAAUCAAGGCCAUUCGCUCGAAUAACGAGUACACAGAGGGGCCGUCCGUGGCUCGGAGGCCUGCUCCCCGGCCACUGCAGCGUCCCGAGAAGCAGGAGAGGACUCACGAGGUCAUACGUGUCAAUGUGAACAACAACUACGAGCACAGGCCCACCAGUCCCCCGGGUGGCUCGCGGGGGCCCGUGUUGAGCCGCUCCACCAGUACCGGAAGUGCUGCCAGCUCUGGUAGCAACAGCAGUGCCUCAUCCGAGCAGGGUCUGCUCCAGCGUUCGCUGCACCCCAGGCCCGGGCCGGGCCACCGCGUCGACCGGACCGUGCGGACUCAACCGAAGCCGCCGCCGGCGCCGCCGGAGGACGUGCUCAAGCCCCUGGGCAAGGGGGACGCCUCGGGCCACCGGUUCAUCUGCGAGCGAUGCGGGAGGUGCAAGUGCGGCGACUGCACUGCGCCCAGGACCCUGCCCUCAUGCCUGGCCUGUCGCGGCCAGUGUCUGUGCUCCGCCGAGAGUGCAGUGGAACACGGAACAUGCAUGUGCCUGGUCAAGGGCAUCUUCUACCACUGCUCCAACGACGAUGAGGGUGACUCGUGCGCGGACAACCCUUGCUCCCUCUCGCGGUCCCACUUCUGCUCCCGGUUCCUGUGCAUGGGACUCAUGUCCAUGCUUUUCCCGUGUUUACUGUGCUACCCGCCAGCCAAGGGCUGCGUCAACGCCUGCCAGAGCUGCUACGACCACAUCAGCCGGCCCGGUUGCCGAUGCAAGAACUCCAACACUGUGUAUUGCAAACUGGAGAGCUACCCCCCCAGGGGCCUGGAGAAGCCCUCCUGAUCCUCCCACCCAUAGAUGGCUCCUGACUGUUAUAAUAAAAGAAUAAUAAUAUUAAUAACAAUAAUAUUGUUUAUCAAACAUUUAAGCACCUCCCUCCUCAUUCCAUCUCUACACCAGUUGACCCGUUUAUCAGCAAGUUGUGGAGUGUGAAACCACUUAUCUUAUUUUUUUUUUCUUUCCCUCCUCCCUUCUCUUCCCUCCAUCCCUGCUGCCCCCCCCAUCCGCCCAGACCUUCUACAAACCAGUGUUUGCCUUCACAUUUCUUUGUGUCUUCUUCAGCUACUCAUUAACACUCUUGACUCAUUGUAAAGAAUUCUCUUUCAGACGGUGUGAGUUCUCCGAUGCUUCGUGUGAGAGCGGCCUCUCACCAAAUCUGUGAAGGACUAUCUGGACAAUAUGUAGCUGUUACCAGACAUCCAUAGCAACCAGAAUUGUUUUAUAUGUAAUCAGUUGGUACUGGACUAAGGCUGUGGUUAUAACUCUAUUAUGCUUUAGUGGUAUUUUUCUAGUUUUUCUGUUGCAUUUUUAUUUCCCCUUUUUCCAACAUCUACAUUCUCUACGUGGCAUUUUAUUUUUUUUUUGUAAAUUGUAUGUAUAAAAUCCUAAAGAUGAAUUCUGGCUAUUUUUUAAAGAAAAGUCUGUUAAAACGUUUUUUUUUUUUUUUUGUUGUAAAGAAUAUUUAUUAUGUGAAGCUCUAUUAUUUUAUGAUAUUUAUUGCAAAAGACAGUCUUGAAAAUUUUACUCAUGUCUGAAUAUAACAAAAUAUCAAUACUUACUGAAAUUAAAGGGUGGCACAAAAGAAACUAUGUUAACUAUAAUGCAGAAAAUAUAUUAAUUAAUGAAAAUA